AUGUCUCGACAAUUACUUAGCAGUGGUGGUUUGUUGAUUGGAGUUGUGUUGUUUGUGGCUACAAUGUUACAAUCAUUUACUACUGAUCAAUAUCAUCAUUCAAUGGUUGAAGCCACUAAAAUAUCAACCAAUGCAUUUCCGAAUAAUUACAAGGAGAAAGUUGAUCAAAUUUGCCAACACAUCAUCAAAGGAGAAGAAAAGGGAAAGCUCUAUGAUUUAUUGGCCUUCUUAACAGAUACUUAUGGCAGUAGAUUGGUUGGAACUGAAGGUUUUGAUUUGACUUGCAAACAUUUUGCCAAACUAAUGCAAGCCAAUGGUUUUGAUAAUGUUCAUACUGAACCUGUUUAUAAUAUUACACAUUGGAGAAGAGGAGAACCUGAAUCAUUAAUCAUGCAUGAACCUAGAUACAUUCCACGUAUGGAAGUAUUGGCAUUAGGUACAAGUCCUCCUGGUUCAGUAAAAUCAGAAGUUAUUGUGCUGAAGAGUUAUGAAGAAUUGGAUCAAUAUGAUGUUAGAGGAAAGAUUGUACUUUUCAAUCUUCCUUGGCAAGGUACUUAUGGUAAAUCAGUAAUUUUUAGAACUAGAGGACCUGCAGAAGCUGCUAAAAGAGGAGCUGCUGCAUGUUUAGUGAGAAGUGUGACCCCAUUCUCAAUUUAUUCAGCUCACACUGGUGGAACUAAUUUCCAAGACGAUGAAAAGAGGAUUCCAGCUGCCACUAUUACUGUAGAAGAUGCUGACAUGAUUGAAAGAAUGAUUAAGAGAGGUCAACGAGUUGUCCUGUCAUUGAAACUCAAUUGUGAAAAUCUUCCACCUCUAACCUCUUACAAUACACUUGGUGAAAUUACUGGAAGUACCUAUCCAAAUGAAGUUAUUGUUGUGGGAGGACAUAUGGACUCUUGGGAUUUGAAUUCUUGUCCUAUGGAUGACAUUGGAGGAAUUUUGACAUUCUAUGAAGGUAUGAAAACACUUAUCAAACUUGGAUUGAGACCAAAGAGAACUAUUCGAUUGGAAGAAUUUGGUGGUGGUCGUUUUGGUGGUAUGAGUUAUGUCAAAGAGCAUGAAAAGGAACUCAAAGAUCAUAUUCUUGCAAUUGAAUCAGAUGCAGGACCAUUUAAACCUCUUGGAUUCGAAUUUACUGGAGGAGAGGAAGGUAGAAAACUUGUUGAACUAAUUGCCAGUACAUUAUUCACAAAUAUCAACACAACACAAGUUACAGAUAAUGGUGGUGGAGCUGAUGUUGAUCCUCUUUAUCAAGUAGCUGGUAUUCCAGUAAUGUCACCUAAAGUAGAAGGAAGUAAAUACUUUUGGUUCCAUCACUCUAAGGCUGACACAAUGACAGUUCUUAACACUGAUGAUUUAGAUUUGGCAGCUGCUCAAAUGGGUGCUUUCUUAUAUGUAGUUGCUGAUAUGGAUGUAAGAUUCCCAAGAAAUUAA